AUGCGACCGUUCCCAGGCGACCCUGGCCCGCCACCGCGGCGGGCCCAACGAGGGGCUGAUGGCGACCUCCCGACUGCAUUCCGCCACCCCGCUGCUGCUGGCCAGCAGCAGCAGAUAAACUCGUAUUUUAUCGGCAGCGAGGACGCCGUCGACGCCGCCCUGCAGCAAUCACUGGCGAGCUUCACAGCCGCCGGCCGUGAUCACCGCAAGCCGGGGCCGCCCGAACCGGAGCACAGCAACCCCCCCAAGCAUACCGCCGCACCAAGUGAUUGUGAAUCCAUCUCGACGUCGGACCCCGCAGAUGCUGAUGAUAUCUCCCUGAUCUCCGAUGCUGCCCCGAGCAGGCUGAACUUGCCAGAACCCAUGAGUAAUCUCUCGCAGCCGAUAACCCCCUUGAUGCUGGCCACCCCGGGAUCGCCCUCCGCCAUCAGCGAUACGAUGAGCGUGUCGUUAUCCGAGGACGUCGCAAGCCAGGCCCUCAGCAUGAGCCAGGAUCUCGGCAACAUGGAUGCCUCGGAGAUGAUGGACAGCGGCAGUGCCCCCCAGCUUGUUAUGCCCUCGAUCAAGAUGCCCAGCAGGCGGCCAUUUACGGACGGGGGAAAGCGGAUGGGGAGGCUGAAGGUCCUUGUAGCUGGAGACUCUGGCGUCGGCAAGACAUCGCUCAUCAAGGCCCUGGUCCAAUCCUGCGAACACAUAGUACACAUCGAUCCCAUACCGUCCCAUUCAAACGCACUGCUCAGCCUGGCUUCGAGCACCCGCCGUGGGAGGUCCAGAUCUUCGAGGAACCAGGCCCGGACAACCGAGAUAUCCGAGAUAUUCGCGAGCACGAAGCCAUACCCAGAAUGGUGGUCGGAUCUGGACGAUUUUCAACUGCUUAAACGCCGGAAGAGUGUCGAUGAUACCAUUUUAGACAGGAACAUUUGCUUUAUUGAUACCCCAGGUUAUAGUAACGGUGCUUCGAGCAUGGAGAGCAUUACUCCCGUAAUUCGUUAUGUUGAAUCGCACUUCGAGAAAGUGCAGUCAAAUGCAUCGCCCGACGCUGAAAUUUUAAACAUGCUCGGUGGCGACGGAGGCAGCCAAGUCGAUCUGGUUUUCUACCUCAUCCAGCAAAAGCUCAAACCGGCCGACAUCAAAUACCUGCAACUUUUAGCAUCCCUGACGAAUGUUAUCCCGCUUGUUGCCAAGGCAGAUACCAUGACACCCGAGGCCGUUGCACAAAGCAAGCUCCAGAUCAGAAGUGAGCUGAUGGAGGCGGGAGUGCGACCAUUCUCGUUUACCGUGUCUUCGACGGGAAUCCCAGGCGAUAACGAGCCCAGAUAUCCGUACGCCGUAUCCAGUACGCCCGGGUCAGACCAUGAUAUCAUGGACGCAAGCCUGUUGAUGAGUCCGGACUACGUACAACCACUAAUGCAAUCGGAGCUUGCGAAUGUGGUGGACCAGGUGUUCUGCGAGAACGGAGCAUCGUGGCUGAGGCAUGCUGCCGCCAAGAAGUUCAUCCAGUGGAAGAACGCAGACAGCUCGUCGAGGCCCAAGGCACUUUACGAACCCAUGGGCCUCUCAGCCAGCCCUCCCAUGCCACUGGUGGCCACGGGAUCAUCUUCGUCUCCCGUGGGAGCAACUGCACAGUACUCCCUCGCCCGGAUCGCCGACCACACGCAAAGAGAGGAACGGCUUGCCCAGAUCCGGCUUGCCAACUGGGCGUCAGAGCUGCAGAGGAGCCUGGCAAACGAGCGAGCCCGUUACGACGCACUUGCGCGGGGAGAACGAGCGAUCUGGCUGACGGAGAAGCUUCAUGAAUGCGUGCAGGAUGGAGAGCUCGUGCCGUGGGCAGAUCGGGACCGCAGCGUUUCGCGGCCGGGGGAGAAGCCGAGGCGGAAGACGGGGCGCGGCCGCUACUACAGCACUUCGACCACCCAAUACCAGGACCCGCUUGGGCUGCUGCGCGUGGCUGCGCGGCUGAAGGCAAAUGGAUGGAUCGCACUCGAGGUUCUCGGGGGCGUGAGUAUCCUCGGCGGUGCCGCAGUGUGGCUCUCAGGGCAGGAAUGGCCAGUCGUCGAAUGGGCCGUCGAACACUGGUCCGCCUUCUGGGGUGGUGAGAAAUGA